AUGCCAGUAGGACUGAACAGCCUGACUGAGGGAUGGCUAGAGCUAGAGAGCGACCCGGGGCUAUUCACAUUAUUGUUAGAAGACUUCGGAGUGAAAGGGGUACAGGUAGAAGAAAUUUAUGAUCUCCAUAAACCAUUAGAGAGCCCGGUUUAUGGUUUUAUUUUUUUGUUUCGAUGGAUAGAAGAGAGGAGGUCGAGAAGAAAAUUUGUUGAACAAAUAGAAAGCUUUGUACGCGAUGAGGAAACUAUAAACAAUAUAUUCUUCGCUCAGCAGAUGGUUCCAAACAGUUGUGCUACUCAUGCCUUGUUAUCAAUAUUAUUGAAUUACCCUAAUCUACAUUUGGGCGAAACUCUAAGUAGGUUAAAGCAUCACACACUUGGCAUGAACCCUGAGAACAAAGGUUGGGCCAUUGGUAACACACCUGAACUUGCCUGUGCUCACAACUCUCAUGCUAUACCUCAAGCAAGAAAAAAGACAGACAAAAAUGCUGGUGUUUCUACUGGACGCUUCACUGGUGAAGCAUAUCACUUUGUAAGUUUUGUGCCUAUCAAUGGACAUCUAUUUGAGUUGGAUGGGUUAAAGCCGUUUCCUACUGACCAUGGACCAUGGGCAGCUGAUGAAGACUGGACAGACAAGUUCAGGAGAGUUAUGGCUGAGAGACUUGGUAGAGAUGCUGGGGAACAGGUGCAUGAUAUCAGAUUCAACUUGAUGGCUGUAGUACCUGAUAGGCGGUUAGCAUUGACGCAAAAACUUAACGCUCUAGAACUGAAUCAAAAACGGGUUAAAGAAGCAAUCUCAAAAAUUGGAAAACAUUUAAGACAUUUACUAUCUAAACGCAGGGAAAUAAAUGAAAACGGAGAUGUAAUAUCAGAAUGUAGUGAUGAGAACUCACCUAAUGAUAGUAUGGUGCAAAUUAGUGAAGAAACAAUACUUACCGCUUUGGAGGCAUCGCAACUGCAGCUGUACGAUGUGGACUACACGCGACCAAUUACUAUUGAGAUUGGUGUAAAUGAUCGUCCACAUCAGGACAGUAGUAUUAUUUUAGUGGACCCUAUUGAGCCGGGAGCAGUAGUUAAGAUUGUGACAGUUAAUAGAGACAAUCAAAUCAUAGGAGAUUUAUAUCCAACUUCUAUAACCGCUCUUGUCAAGAGUAACGACGCUCCAGUGCUAAUGUGCUGCCAAUCAGACCCGGAACAUCCUAUCAAACUAAGGAAGCUACUUCUCACCCACUCGGAAUUGAACGUACUGAUGAGCAGUAUAGUUAAUGAGGUGCAGUCGUGUCAACAGGCUUUGAACGACGAGAAUGACAAAAGAGAUAUGUAUAAGGUGGACGAGUGUCGGCGGACCCACAACUACGACGAGUUCAUCUGCACGUUCCUGUCGAUGCUGGCGGAACGCGGCGCGCUGGGCGAGCUGGUGGCGGCGCAACUGGAGCGCGGCCGCAGCUCGCGCGCGCGCCGCCGCCGCCCCCGCCCGCGUCCUCGCGCUCGCCCGCGCCCGCGCCCCCGCACUCGCAAGUGA